GGUACUACUAUUUCUUUUUUAAUAUAAAAAGACAUGAUGAUGAGCUGUAAGCGCUAAACCUGAAAAGAAGUGUAACGAUUUCUCCAGACUCCAGCAGCAGCCAAUGCCAUAUAACAAAACUGCAUCCCCGUAGCGCCUUUCAACUUCUAGGGUUUUCGCAUUCUGUAGAUUACUCUAAUCUCAGCUUCCGACUUGUAUUCUCUUAACUUUUUCCAGAACGCAGAGGGAUUUCAUGGAAUUGAAGAAAUCAAACAGGGUUUCGUGGGCUACUGGACCUAAUCUUUGUCAGGUAAAACAUUUCCUACAAGAGGAUUGCCCAUCAAAAGUCGGUAGGGGAUCUCAACAUCAUCUUCAGUUGAAGCCGUCGCUUAGACCAUCAUUUGAAGGAAGACAUUGUCUGAAGCAACCAAAAGAGAGGCUUCCUUACAUACCUCUGGCUAAAUGGAAGUGCCCUCCCAAGUUUAAUUUGAAUGAGAGAUGGUGUAUGGUUGCUGGUGAAGAAAGUAAAGAAGCAGAGGCUCAGAAGCAUAGGGAAAAGAGAGUGCUUGAAGCAGUUUAUCCUUCUCGGUCUGCAAUUCCUCCCAAUCCUUCCACCUCGUCGUAUCUGGACCAAUUUUAUGAUGAUAACCAAACUAGAGUGAUUCCAAUCAUUCCCAUUGAAGAAACGGCAGUUGCAGAAGGUUUGUCCCAUUCUACACCAUCCCAAAACAUCAGCAGCAAAUUGUUAGACCCAUGCCUGCCUAACAGUUCAUCAUCAUCUAUCAGUAUAGAUACUACUCAAAAGCUACCUGCUAGUGGAAAAUCGUUUCCCCAGGCUUUGUCAACGUCCAAAGAUCUCAGGCUACCUCAGAGUAACUCUCCUUUUUGUGUUAGACUGCCUGUUAAUGGGCAAUCUGCUCCAUAUCUUUCAAGAUGUCGAAGUGUGAACAGAACUGAGCAACAUCAAAUUUCUCCUAAGCCACCUGCUAAUCACAACCCUGUCACCCAGUUUCCAUCCACAUUUGAAAAUCCCAAGAUUCCUCAGCACCAGGCUGAAGUUUUGCCAAAGUCCCUAGCUAACCACAACCCUGCUACCCAGUGUCAUUCAACAUAUGAGAAUCUGAACACAGCUCAGUGCAAGAAUCAAAUUUCUCCAAAGCCACCUGCUAAUGUCAUCUGUGUGCCCCAAUAUCAAUCAAAUACUGAAAAUCUGAGUGCCCCUCAGUGCAAAACUCAAGCUUGUUCAAAUCCACCUGCUAAUGAAAAAUCUAUCCUCGAGAAGAUGCCACAUGGUUUUGAGGGUGAUUUGAUGGUUGCUGUAACCGCAGCUGUAGCUGCACUUGCAAAAAGUCAAGAGCAGGGUAGUCUGAUUGAUACUGACUUCUUGAUUAAGCUUCUUAGCAACCCAGAACAGAUACAGAAACUGAUGAACGAACACGGAGUGGCUACCAAUCCUGAAACUGGUGCUGCAUCUGGCUCAAAGCCUAUUGUUCCUUCUAGUAGCACACCAAGGUCAGCUGAUUCUCUGGAUAAGCAGAUAGCUGGUAAUGAAAAUUGCAAAUCUGCUGUUGCUGGUGCAACCGUCUUCUCUCGGUCACUGGAGGUAAGAAAUAUUAAUGAACAAAGAGGAACUGCUGCCAUGUCUAGGUCAGUGGAUCUACUGGUUCCCUUGCCUAGGACAAAACCUGAUAAGGUAAUUAACAAGCCCAUUAGUGAAUACCAAGCUCCCCAUGCAGGAUCUGGACCAAUCUUUGGACCAAAGGCAAUGGCAAAAUCUGUGCCCUUGGCUAUCUCUAAGCCUGAAACAUCCGUGAAAAGUAAUUUGGUUAAUGAACAAAGGGCCUCUGCUCAUGUAGGAACUGCAGACAUUAGAGAGAGUAAGCCAUUAGUUCACCCCACUUCAGACCUAAAUUUGGAAAAGAUUAAGAAACUGAUUAAUGAAUAUGGAGCACCUGACAAUAUAGGAGAGAAGCCCUUGGUCAAUUCUGAGUUGGUUCCUUCACUGGUUUCAUCAACGGCAAAUUUUCCUAUUGCUUUGCAGCCUGAGCUGCAAAUUAAGUCGUAUUCAUCAAAUGCUGGCCACACAUCCCCUUUCUCCUCGAUGACUAGUCCUGCCCCUCUACAGAAGGAUAUCAAUUACUACAAAUCCCUGAUCAAGCAACAUGGAGAAAAUCGUGAAUCUGUGGGUCAAGAAAUCUUACAAAAUAUCAUUCCUUAUGGUAAUACGCGAGGACCAGAACCGUUAAAGAACCUAAAAUCAAAGCAGGACAGCCUGAAUUUUCAGAAGCAUUGUGUUUUCUUCAAUACACCAAGGGGAUGCCUAAAUGGCACCACUUGUCCAUUCCUGCACGAUAUGUCCAAACAAUGGAGGUCUGGGGGGAUGUUGGAAGCUCCGGCUCCAAAGAGAAUGAAGUUAGGUGGGGAACUUACUGGUAGGACAUGAUUCAGGAGGUAUCAUUUUUCUUUAAUACAGAAAAUCAGUGAGAGAGGCAGUUGCACAGUUUAAACAUACCGAUCCCGUGUUCCUUUUCUUUGGGGAAAUUUUGAAAACUGGCCCUUUCAGACUUAGAUUAGACAUUUAGAAUGAGUUGGCUUUUAUAUGAGAAAAAUUUUGAUUUGAAA